AUGAAAGAAAUAAGCGGAGCUGACUUUAUGCCUAUUGAUGGUCAGUUGGCUCGAAUUCUAAGCGCUGUCAACGGUUUCUCGUGCGCGUUCGGCAGCGUGGGAAAUUUUGCGUUAAUCGCAGUCAUAUUACUUCACAAGCAACUCCAUGGCGCUUCGGAAAUACUCUUAAUGUCUCUGGCAUUUGCGGACUUCUUGACAUGCGCAGUGUACCUGCCGUUGCUCCUCAUGAGAAUAAACACCAAUGAGAAACUACCUACUCUCAUGAACCAAUCGCGUCGCGCCAUUGGCCAAGCCGUCGUAGUUUGCGGUAGUUUGAACUUGCUCAUGUUAACGGUGGAUCGCCUCGUGUUUUUCUACCGGCCGUUACGCUAUGCGUAUUGGAUGCGUAAGAAGAUUAUCACCACAAUAAUUAUCAUAAUUUACGGAAUCUCGUUAUUUGUUGGUUUCUACGCGUAUUUUGACAUGAUAAAAUCACAGUACCCAAAAAUCGGUUUGGUCGGCGUACCGAUGCUGGGAUUUUUUACGCUGCACUACGCGAUAUACCGGCUAGCACGGACGCACCGGAAUCAAGUGGUCAAUCAGGAACAGUCGUUACAACAUAAUUAUAACAUUAACAGCAGGGUUAUGAUACAAGCGAGACGUAACGUUCGAACAGUCAUGCUGUUUGGAAUAUUAUACCUUGUAACUUGGCUGCCUGUGACAAUUUUUCAAUUAUGGCGUUCGGUCACAAAUUACCACGAUCCCGAAUCGUUUCAGAAAUAUUUCUAUCUACUGUUAACAAUCCAACAAAUCAGCGCGUCUAUUGACCCGUAUCUCUGUUGCUAUCGGAACAACAAAGUGAAAGCCGUCUUUAAGAAACUCGUGCGGAUCAGGAAAUAUCUAAAAGUUGGGGGAUUAGGAAGUUCGGCUUGCAUUACGACAUCAUUGUCUAUGAGUGACGGGCUCGAUUCGGGGAAAGGUAAUAGGAAAUUGUCUGCAGUUGGCAAAGCUGCAGUCGUUUCUGAGAGUUUGGAGAAUAUGUUAGGGGCUAAAGUAUUGAGGCAGUUAGAUGAUGAUACAACAAACAGCGGCGAUAAUUUGGACAGGAUUAUAAGCAUAUCUAGUAGUCUCGAGCGGGCGUCGCCGAACGAAUACGAGAGCUUUGAAAGCAUUUACAAGAUUGAAAGUUUGGAACGAACAAUAACGAGAGACGAUAAUUUGGAGAGGAUUAUCAGUAUUUCUAGUACGGAGCGCGCUUCCCCGAAUGAAUACAAAAGCUUUGCAAAUAUAUGCAAGAUUAGAAGUUAUAGUUUUGACUCUAAUGUGGGUACGAAUUUGGACCGAUUCUCUGUAGAGAAAUCUACUAGUUAUAGUUUUGACUCUAAUGUGGGUACGAAUUUGGACCGAUUCUCGGAUUCUCUGUUAGAGAAAUCUACUACAGAGAAAUCUACUACAGAGAAAUCUACUACAGAGAAAUCUACUACAGAGAAAUCUACUACAGAGAAAUCUACUACAGAGAAAUCUACUACAGAGAAAUCUACUACAGAGAAAUCUACUACAGAGAAAUCUACUACAGAGAAAUCUACUAUAGACAAAUCCACUACAGAGAAAUCUACUACAGAGAAAUCUACUACAGAGAAAUCUACUACAGAGAAAUCUACUACAGAGAAAUCUACAUUAAACUUGUCUGAAGGCUUAGAGAAUGUACACAAGACUGAAGUAUUGGAACAAUCACACGAUGUUGAUUUGGAGAAGAUUACACACAUCUCUUGUACAGAAAAUCCUGGAUCGGAUGUAUCUCAACACACAAGUGAAGUGGAACAAACAGUGUUUAGUAGUGAUACCAUCCACUGUGAUUCGGGGAAGAAAACAGACUCAUCUACUGAUGUUAUCAUGAAGCAGUCUGCGCUGAGUGAAUUUGGAAGGUCGGUACAAAAUAUAAACGAGGACACAAAUCGGAGCGAGAAAGCAGAAAAUUCGGGAGAGAUAGAUUCAUUAACCUCGGAUGAAGUGGUUUCAAAUUUGAGCAAAACGAAAGAAUUCUCUGGUAUGGAACAUUCUGAAGAGAAAGAACUGUUCGAACAGCCGUUGGAACAAUCUUUAGAACAAUAUUUAGGAUCAGAACAAACAUUUGAACAAUCUUUACGAUCAGAACAAUCAUUUCAACAAUCUUUAGGAUUAAAACAAUCUUUAGAACAAUCUGUAGCGUUGGAGAAAUGCGGUGAAUCACAAAUUUCUGGUGGAGUGAAGAAUUCAAGUCUAACAGAAGAGGCUGUCAAUGAACAGUCUAUGGUAUUGAAUAUACCUAGGAGUGUUGACGAUCAUGAGACUACAACGAAGCUGUAACUUUAUAUAUUGUAAGAGAUUAUUGGCAUAUUCUAUACAUACUAUAAAUAAAAAUAUUAUAACUGUAAGUUUUGUAAAAUAUUGCAAACUAUAUAUAUAUAUGAAUUGAAUUGUAAUAAAUCUUAUAUUUAUUUCCCAUUCUCGAAAUAAUUGCAUAUAUUUGAAUUCCGAAUUUAGUAUUUCACAUCACAAUAAAAAUUUUAAAAUCUGUUACGCUAAAACUAUCGCAUACAACCUGCUUACAACUUGAGUUGUAUUGUGUAAAUCAAGAAAGAACACAACUCACCUACCCAUGCAACAGUUUUAGGCAAAAGUUAUGCAGUGUAAAUCAGCUUUAAGGAAUUCUAGAUUUUAUAUUUUAUUAAAGCAUAAACAUUUGGGGAAAUCAAACUCCGAGAGGGAAAAUUCGUAUCAAAAUUUAUAUAGUCAUAGACCAUUGUAUUGCCAAAAACUAGAGUAGUGUAUCUAAAUGUAUCCGAGUAUCGUGUGUAAGUAAGCCUUUGUUUUAACUGCUGAAAGCAAAAAUAGACUGAAAC